GUGUCCCUAAAAUUACCCAAUAUUUCCUUUCCACACAUUCUUCCCUCUCUCUCUCCAACACACAUUCUCCUCUCUCUCUCUCUCUCUCAAGCUCGUGGUCAGCUUCAAACGCCAUGAACACUGUAGCCGCAGCUUCAGCUCUCUCUCUUCCCUUCUCCCUGUGUCCAUCGUCUAAGCUAAACACUAAAAAGGGUGUUAGAGGAGGAUUUCGGGUGUUUGCUGUAUUUGGAGAGGAAGGAGGGUUGGUUGAGAAGAAGAGUGCGUGGGGAGCCCUCUUUGAUGUGGAGGAUCCAAGGCCUAAGGUACCUCAGCUGAAAGGGAAGUUCUUGGACGUAAAUCAAGCCCUAGAAGUGGCUAGAUUUGAUAUUCAGUAUUGUGAUUGGAGGGCUCGGCAAGAUCUACUCACAAUCAUGCUUCUUCAUGAAAAGGUUGUGGAAGUUUUAAAUCCUCUAGCUCGUGAUUACAAGUCCAUUGGUACCAUGAAGAAGGAGCUUGCAGAGUUGCAAGAAGAACUAGCACAAGCUCACCAACAGGUUCAUCUAUCUGAAGCAAGGGUUGCCACAGCUUUAGAUAGGCUAGCUUACAUGGAAGCAUUGGUUAAUGAUAGGCUGCUACAAGAUAGAAGCACAACAGAGUCCAAUCAAGCAUGCCCCUCUUCGAGUACAUCCUCAGAAGCUCUGGAUACUGUAAAAAGCAAGUUGGUCCGAAAAAGCUUGAAUGUUUCUGGUCCUGUCCAACCUUACCAUCAUCGCUUGAAGAAUUUCUGGUACCCUGUUGCUUUCUCCGCUGACCUGAAGGACGACACUAUGAUUCCAAUUGAUUGCUUUGAUGAACCAUGGGUUGUGUUCCGUGGGAAAGAUGGAAAACCAGGAUGUGUUCAGAACACCUGUGCACAUAGGGCAUGUCCUCUUCACCUUGGUUCAGUAAAUGAAGGUCGCAUACAAUGCCCAUACCAUGGGUGGGAGUACUCAACAGAUGGAAAAUGUGAGAAAAUGCCGUCUACAAGAUUACUUAAUGUGAAAAUUAGAUCAUUGCCCUGUUUUGAGCAAGAGGGGAUGAUUUGGAUAUGGCCCGGUAGCGAACCUCCAGCAGCUAAACUUCCCUCUUUAAAUCCUCCUCCAGGAUUCAAAAUUCAUGCCGAGAUUGUCAUGGAACUGCCAGUGGAACAUGGGCUGCUUUUAGAUAACCUUUUGGACCUUGCGCAUGCCCCUUUCACCCACACUUCCACUUUUGCUAAGGGAUGGAGUGUUCCCAGCUUGGUGAAAUUCUUGACGCCUGCAUCUGGCCUCCAAGGGUACUGGGAUCCCUAUCCAAUCGACAUGGAAUUUCGACCACCUUGUAUGGUGCUAUCAACCAUCGGAAUUUCAAAGCCUGGAAAAUUGGAGGGGCAAAACACCCAGCAGUGCUCAACCCACCUUCAUCAACUUCAUGUGUGUUUACCUUCAUCUAGACAGAAGACAAGACUAUUAUACAGAAUGUCGCUGGAUUUUGCUCCCAUCCUGAAGCACAUCCCCUUCAUGCAUUAUCUAUGGCAGUAUUUUGCAGAAAAGGUCUUGAAUGAGGACCUACGACUAGUAGUUGGCCAACAAGAACGGAUGAUAAAUGGGGCAAAUGUUUGGAAUUCCCCAGUUUCCUAUGAUAAGCUGGGGGUAAGAUACAGGUUAUGGAGAGAUGCAGUAGACCGAGGAGCUAAGGAACUACCCUUUGGCAAAUCAAUAUAGAGUGAGAUUUGUGGAUGGGCCAAUUUCUCACUGCUGCUUUUGGAGCCCUCCAUAACCAGCUGAACACUGGCAUUGCCAAAUUGCAGGUGAUAAAGUCAAAACUGAAAACACUACCUCACAAUCUUGUGCAGUUACCAGCUCUAUAGCUCGAUCUAAGGGAAUUGCAGAGCAGCUUUGUUAGAAACUGUCUACUAAUCUGACCCCAACCAAGAGUUGGGGUCUGCAUACAAAGCUAGCCCUUGUAAAAUCAAGAAACUGUACACUAUCUUUGUUGUUUUUGUGUACAGUGUUGAACCAACUUCAUCCUUUUUUUUUUUUUUCUCCCGAAUGGACACUGAGGAGGUUCUGAAGAUUGUUUUCCAGUCCUAUAAACUGGCCUUAAGUACUCUUGUUGUAUAGUAGUAUCCUCAUUUUUUAAAUGAAAAUAGAAGAAUUCAAGUUGAUUGUCAA